AAAAUUUUUUGAUGAAAAUGGAAUCCGGUAAUCGUGUCAAUUAAUUAAUUAAUUAAUUGCUCGUAUCAAUCAGUAUUGGCAUCAUUAACAUCGUGACAACCCAACACCAUAUUAACAAAAUGUUUAAGAAGGCGAAAAAUUUGACAUCAGAUACUGUAGAUAAGAUUAAGAAAACAACAAAUAAUGCAUAUCAUCGGAUGAAAGGUGACAAAAAAUUUAAGGAAGGUUGUCAUAGUGCGAAAGAAGCGGCAGCUGAAUUGGUUGGAAAAGCUGGUGAAAUACUUGGUGAAAGCGGUGAAAUGAUUAAAGAAAUGGGAAAGAAAUUGUAAGAAAACAAUUUUUUAUUUAAUCAUUUCUGAUAAUAACAAUUUCCUUUUUUUUUUCU